AUGUCGUCACCUGCUCUGCUCGCUUACCCUGUGAAGCGAUGUAAAAUGGCGGUAGACAAAGGUGUGUGCGUGUAACUAUGUGUUGUUUGUUCAAGUGUUCAGGCCAGGACCUGUUGUGGUGUAUUAUGGAGCCCCCCCCCCCCCCCCCCCCCCCUUUGCACUCAGAAUAGCCUCAAUUCGUCGGGGCAUGGACUCUACAAGGUGUCGUAAGCAUUCCACAGGGAUGCUGGCCCAUGUUGACCUCAAUGCUUCCCACAGUUGUCAAGUUGGCUGGAUGUCCUUUGGGUGGUGGACCAUUCUUGAUACACACAGGAAACUGUUGAGUGUGAAAAACCCAGCAGCGUUGCAGUUCUUCACACAAAUCGGUGCGCCUGGCACGUACUACCAUAACCUGUUCAAAGGCACUUCAAUAUUUUGUCUUGCCCAUUCACCCUCUGAAUGACACACAUACACAAUCCAUGUCUCAAUUGUCCCAAGGCUUAGAAAUCCUUCUUUAACCUGUCUCCUCCCCUUCAUCUACACUGAUUUUGAAGUGGAUUUAACAAUUGGCAUCAAUAAGGGAUCAUAGCGUUCUCCUGGAUUCACCUGGUCAGUCUAUGUCAUGGAAAGAGCAGGUGUUCUUAAUGUUUUGUACACUCCGUUUACAUGUAGGCCUACAAAUAAAUAGCCUAUUGAUUAUGCCAUUCAGUAUAAGAAAAGCAGAAUAACCAGGGCCAGGAAGUCACUUGGCAGGUUCUGUCUAGUUCCACCAAGUGCCUGAUGAUCCGGCUGCCCUGGCUGGCAGUGGGGAUUAGUUGGGCUAAUUUAAGUGGCGUACAGACGGACACUGCUACAGCUACUGCUGAGAGGAAUGACAUCGUGUGUCUGUGUACACUACAGUAACACUGGACUAGUCGCCAAACCGGUUAGACAGAGAAAAGCUGACCAGGUGUGAGAUUGCUGCUGCUGAAACAGGACAACCUAUUAGUUUGUGACUGUUCUAUUAGUUAGUUAUUUCUCCAAUGUGCAGCAGCUAAAUGAGUGUGUAGGUUAAGCAGUUCAAGCGGUGUGUUUUUCAUGUCACUUUUCAUGAUCAGGGCUGUGACUGUAAUUGAAUAACCGUGUAACUGACGGUUAUGGAUGAAGACUGCCAUUAACAUUAAAUAACUGUUUAAAUAGGCCUACAUUAUUUUUUUUUGUAUUAACUUUAUUUUCAUGUAGAUAUACCUAAUAGUGGGAUUGUUCACUAAUGAUUUAUAAGCAAUUGUUAUGCUAACUUAAACUGUUUACAUCUCCUCUUUCCAACUGUCGUUUGAUGCUCGAGCAGCUAAUCCGCUAGAUAAUAAUAAUAAUAAUAUAAUAUGCCAUUUAGCAGACGCUUUUAUCCAAAGCGACUUAGUCAUGCGUGCAUACAUUUUUUUGUGUAUGGGUGGUCCCGGGGAUCGAACCCACUACCUUGGCGUUACAAGCGCCGUGCUCUACCAGCUGACUACAGAUGCGCACGGGUGUAGAAGCGCUAGCCUAUAGGAUGUGUGGACUUUUUUUUUAAAUACAAUGCACAUUUUCAUUGCUUGCUAGUAAAUAAAUCGGUCUUCUUUUAAAACAGGUUGGAUGUGUCUGACUAUUCAUGAAUUAUUCAACAGCAGUCGACAAGGUUGUUCUGGCUCUGAGGCCAAUAAUGUGCUAAUGUUGUGUCAAAUGGACAAUGCGUCAAUCCUAUCCAACCUGGCAUGGUAUAAUUUGAUACGGAACCUUUUCAUAAUUUAUAGACUAAUCAACGCUGAUAAAUAGGCUAUUUACAUGUUGUGUGUAUUUGUUUCUAUUUUAAAGAUACUAUCGCAUAGCUGUCUCUCUCCCCUUCAUACUUUCCUUGUCAAUUCAUUAUCAUAUAGCCUACUUUCGGAAAGCCUAAGGUAGGCCUAGGUUUUUUAAUACUUUUUAAGGAAAUGAGAAAUAUUUGCUCUUGUCAGACAUAUGCUGGUGGCUUUGAUUGACAGGUCCUUUUACAGGAGUGUGUGUGUGUGUGAGUUUGCUGAUUCUCACUAUAGGCCUAAUGUCCAUUCAGAAAGUUUCCUAAAGUAGCCUGUCUGACUAUCUCUUUAAUAAGAAUCAAACGCACCCUUCAUGAUUUAAUCUAGCAAAAGGCCUAUUUUCAGAAAAGGCCCUUUCUCAUCAAUUUUGUUAUUUUCGUCCGAAUAAUUAGGAAGAAAAAACAAAUACGAGCACUUCUUUUUUUAUUACCCAGUUCACACCAGUUGCGAAAUAUCGUCCUGCCACAAUCCGUCAAUUAUUUAUUCGGAACAGGUUAGAUUUUUGCGUCUUUUCGCAUGCGAAAAUAAGCUGUUGGCCAAUAGAAAUUAUCUGAGACACUGCCACUGACAGGCCGAGCACUGCCACUGACAGGUCUGUGGGUUUGUUGUGUGAAUUUUAAAUAAUUUAUCUCUGCUUGUUUGUUUUUUUACAUUUGCAAUGCAUCAGUGCAGCAAGGUAUCAAUUUAGCCAAUGUGAUCAUAUUACACCAGUGCUAGGCUACACGUCGCUCUCACCAUUCAAGCUUCCCCACCAGUUCAUUGCCAACGCUGUAGCCUAUUUUAUAGACAUUCAGCAAGCAAGAGGUUUGAUCGAUGCUUCUCUCCUCGAAUAGGCCUAGGUCUAUUAGUUUAAAAACUUUUUUUGAAAUAAGUUUCAAACUACAGUACCAGUCAAAGUUUAGACACACCUACUCAUUCAAGGGUUUUUCUUUAUUUUUUAAACUAUUUUUUACAUUGUAGAAUAAUAGUGAAGACAUCAAAACUAUGAAAUAACACAUAUGUAAUCAAAAAAGUGUUGACCAAAUCAAAAUAUAUUUUAUAUUUGAGAUUCUUCAAAUAGCCACCCUUUGCCUUGAUGACAGCUUUGCACACUCUUGACAUUCACUCAACCAGCUUCACCUGGAAUGCUUUUCCAACAAUCUUGAAGGACUUCCCACAUAUGCUGAGCACUUUUUUCCUUCACUCUGCUGUCCGACUCAUCCCAAACCAUCUCAAUUGGGUUGAGGUCGGGGGAUUGUGGAGGCCAGGUCAUCUGAUGCAGCACUCAACACUCUCCUUCUUGGUAAAAUAGCCCUUACACAGCCUGGAGGUGUGUUGGGUCAUUGUCCUGUUGAAAAAAAAAUUAUAGUCCCACUAAGCCCAAACCAGAUGGGAUGGUGCAUCGCUGCAGAAUGCUGUGGUAGCCAUGCAGGUUAAGUGUCACCAGCAAAGCACCCCCACACCAUAACACCUCCUCCAUGCUUUACGGUGGGAACUACACAUGCGGAGAUCAUCCGUUCACCCAUGCCGCGGCUCACAAAGACACAGCGGUUUGAACCAAAAACUCAAAUUUAGACUCCAGACCAAAGGACACAUUUCCACCAGUCUAAUGUCCAUUGCUCGUGAUUCUUGGCCCAAGCAGGUAUUUUCUUCUUAUUGGUGUUCUUUAGUAGUGGUUUCUUUGCAGCAAUUCGACCAUGAAGGCCUGAUUCACACAGUCCCCUCUGAACAGUUGAUGUUGAUGUGUCUGUUACUUGAACUCUGUGAAGCAUUUAUUUAGGCUGCAAUUUCUGAGGCUGGUAACUCUAAUGAACUCAUCCUCUGCAGCAGAGUUAACUCUGGGUCUUCCAUUCCUGUGGCGGUCUUCAUGAGAGCCAGUUUCAUCAUAGCGCUUGAUGGUUUUUGCGACUGCACUUGAAGAAAUGUUCUGGAUUGACUGACCUUCAUGUCGUAAAGUAAUUAUGGACUGUUGUUUCUCUUUGCUUAUUUGAGCUGUUCUUGCCAUAAUAUGGACUUGGUCUUUUACCAAAUAGGGCUAUCUUCUGUAUACCCCUACCCCCUACCUUGUCACAACACAACUGAUUGGCUCAAAUGCAUUAAGAAGGAAAGAAAUUCCACAAAUUAACUUUUAAGAAAGCACACCUGUUAAUUUAAAUGCAUUCCAGGUGUCUACCUCAUGAAGCUGGUUAAGAGUAUGCCAAGAGUGUGCAAAGCUGUCAUCAAGGCAAGGGGUGGCUAUUUGAAGAAUCUCAAAUAUAAAAUAUAUUUUGAUUUGUUUAACAUGUUUUUGGUUACUACAUGAUUCCAUUUGUUAUUUCAUAGUUUUGAUGUAUUCACUAUUAUUCUACAAUGUAAACCAUUUUUAAUAAAGAAAAACCCUUGAAUGAGUAGGUGUGUCCAAACUUUUGACUGGUAGUGUAUAUUGCUGGUCAUUGUCUAUAUAUAAGCUACUCGUUCAAGAGCUAGAGAGAGAGGGAAGCGAGAGGCCAGUGGAUUUGCCAGCAGAGAUGCGUGAUUUGUGCAAGAAUGGAACAGUGAAGAAGACAGAAAGAUGUGUAAGUUAAGUUAAUUAAUAUAUUAAUGCAUCAUUCAUAUAGCCUAUAUAUUAGCCUAUAUAUUAUAGGCCUGCAAAAGUUAAUCUAGGUGACCACCUGUGCUAUAGGCAGAUUAUAACAGACAUACUGUUUUUUGAUACCCUACCAAAAGGAUUGGAAGGUUAGGUUUUUUAAAUGUUUUUGGGAAAGGACAAAUGUGAUUUGCUUAUGUGUCUGAGUGAGAUGCGUUGUAGGCAGCUUUGAUUGAUUGGUCUUUUUUAGGUGGGUGGGUGUGUGUAUGAGUUCACUAAUUCUCUAUGUCCAUUAAGAAAGUUUCCUAAAAUAGGCCUGUCUGGACUUCAUCUCUUUAAUCAGAUGGAAGAAAAAAAUAAUCUGUCUUGUUGCAGGGUCAGCAUAUGUGCAAGGAAUGAUGACAGGUGCUAAUUUUGCGCUUCCUCUCCUGUUAAAUGGGAUGCAACGGAAUGAAACGUAGCCAAGUGCCUUUAAUGAUUCAUCCUAUAGGAUGCAUAGCCUAUAUCCUAAUAUUUUCAGUAGCAUAUUAUUUUUCCAUUAGUAUACGAUUUUUCUCUCAUUACUGUAUCCUCUGGCCUCUGAACAACAUAUUGCCACAGAAAAUGACCUCAGCAGCAUUGGUGACAUUAUCCGAAUUGUUCAGAGGGAAAGACUUGAUGAUAAUGGUUUAUUGCGUCAAUUGGAAUCAGUAUUUCUUAGGAAUUCCUCUCCAAUCAGACAUUUCAUAAUUCGUAUGCUAGACUAAUAUGUUGAUGUAAUAACGUUAAUAAUAAUAAUGAAAUGCUACUGAUAAUAACGAAGUGUAAUGGUAAUAGUGAAGUUGCACAGAAAAGCCACGUGUUUUUUUUUAGUCUGAUGUGCGCCAACCCCCCCUCCCCCCAAUUGCCGUAACCUCAAAUUCCAAGACCGUCACAGCCCUAGUCAUGAUGUGUCUGGAUGUAUUAGUCCCUAGUGACCGUCCCUGUCCUUCUCCUUGGCAGAGAUAUUGAUCUGUGUCCCAGAGCACAUAAGCCCUGUGUUGUCAGCACUCUGUAGUAAAGUACAACGCUCUACAAAUCUGCAGUAAUAGUCGCACCUCAACAGUCUGUCAGGCUGUUUUCCAUGAGGGGUAUGUUUUGUUUGACCUAGACUGACUUUGUUUUCUCUCUUUAUAGACAGACACUAUUUGGCUCCAAUCACAGGAAUCCCAGCUGCUACUACUGACUGGGGACGUUACAAGGCCAAUGGUCUUCUGAAGUGAGUAAGUUACCUAGCUGUUGGCCCAGAACUGGCUCUACUCAGUCCAAGUCAUGCUCACUGGGCACUUUGCUAGGGUUGGUAACUUCUGAUUGAUAUGUAGGUCAAAGACUUGACUUCCUGUUUGAGCUCUGGUCCACGUUCACAAGGCAAAUGUUGACGAAUGUUGCAGAUAGAAAUGGCAUAAAUAGAGCCGACAUGAGUCCUUAUUCUACAUUUCAGAGAGGCAUGUUUGUUCUACAUGACAUAUUUCUAUUUGGACGUUCCACAACAUUGCACCAAGCUGAACGCAGCCCUGCCUUUUUUCUGCUCAGGUUAGUCACAUGGGCAGCAGGGAGGGAUUCCAUUUGUUUUGGUCAGGGACUACUACAUUCCAAAGUGCAGCAACGGGCCGAUACUGUACCUACCACUAACUGCCCCGCCCAUUUCCUGCCACGACAGACCAGGGCUGCACCUCACAAUCAAAUCACAAACUGGGUGACCACAGCAUUCUGUGUUGCUGUGGUGACCGUUCAACUCAGUAGCGAUCGGCCGUUUGUGGUGAACAACUUUGUCAGAUCCUGAUCCAGCCCUGGGUCUGGGUGCGUCUGCCUCAACGAACAAACACUCCCACUGACUGUCUCUCUCUCAGUUCAAAGAGCAGCUCUGAGCUUCCCUGCAUACCCACUAAAGCUGUCCUUAGGUGUGAUUACAGGAAAGGUACCUGAUCGCUUGAAGAGGUGAAUGUUCCUGCGGGCCACAUACACAGACAGUAGGCUUCCAUUUAAUGCAAUAAAUAACUGGCUGCACUUGUCCUGUCCCAUCGUCCAGAAUAUAAAAUAAAAUAACUAACUAGUGUUUUGUUAUACAUUGUUUGCGUCAUGUAGAAGGCUAUAGCUUAGUAGUAAAGAAGCUAGGGCUGUCCCCGAAAAAAGUGAUCUUCGUUGACUGAGAGUUAUCUGUUCUUUUGACCAAUCGAUUGAUGGAAAUUUAAAAACGUGUAUUUUAACAUAUCUAUCUAUUUGUUUUUAUAUACAGUGGGGGGAAAAAAGUAUUUAGUCAGCCACCAAUUGUGCAAGUUCUCCCACUUAAAAAGAUGAGAGGCCUGUAAUUUUCAUCAUAGGUACACGUCAACUAUGACAGACAAAAUGAGGAAAAAAAAUCCAGAAAAUAAUAUAAUAAUAAAAUCACAUUGUAGGAUUUUUUAUCAAUUUAUUUGCAAAUUAUGGUGGAAAAUUCUUACCUGUAACAAGCUCCUUUAAGAGUGUGCUCCUAAUCUCAGCUCGUUACCUGUAUAAAAGACACCUGGGAGCCAGAAAUCUUUCUGAUUGAGAGGGGGUCAAAUACUUAUUUCUGUCAUUAAAAAUGCAAAUCAAUUUAUAACAUUUUGACAUGUGUUUUUCUUGAUUUUUUUGUUGUUAUUCUGUCUCUCACUGUUCAAAUAAACCUACCAUUAAAAUUAUAGACUGAUCAUUUCUUUGUCAGUGGGCAAACGUACAAAAUCAGCAGGGGAUCAAAUACUUUUUUCCCUCACUGUAUAUACACCUGUUCUGAAAGGCCCCAGGGUCUGCAACACCACUAAGUAAGGGGCACAACCAAUCAAGCGGCACCAUGAAGACCAAGGAGCUCUCCAAACAGGUCAGGGACAAAGUUGUGGAGAAGCACAGAUCAGGGUUGGGUUAUAAAAAAUUAUCCGAAACUUUUAACAUCCCACGGAGCACCAUUUUUAAAUCCAUUAUUAAAAAAUGGAAAGAAAAUGGCACCACAACAAACCUGCCAAGAGAGGGCCACCCACCAAAACUCACGGACCAGGCAAGGAGGGCAUUAAUCAGAGAGGCAACAGAGACCAAAGAUAACCCUGAAGGAGCUGCAAAGCUCCACAGCUGAGAUUGGAGUAUCUGUCCAUAGGACCACUUUAAGCCGUACACUCCACAGAAGUGGGCUUUACGGAAGAGUGGCCAGAAAAAAGCCAUUGCUUGAAGAAAAAAAUGGUGUUUGCCAAAAGGCAUGUGGGAGACUCCCCAAACAUAUGGAAGAAGGUACUCUGGUCAGAUGAGACUAAAAUUGAGCUUUUUGGCCAUCAAGGAAAACAGUAUGUCUGGCGCAAACCCAACACCUCUCAUCACCCCUAGAACACCAUCCCCACAAUGAAGCAUGGUGGUGGCAGCAUCAUGCUGUGGUAGGGACUGGGAAACUGGUCAGAAUUGAAGGAAUGAUGGAUGGCGCUAAAUACAGGGAAAUUCUUGAGGGAAACCUGUUUCAGUCUUCCAGAGAUUUGAGACUGGAACAGAGGUUCACCUUCCAGCAGGACAAUGACCUUAAGCAUACUGCUAAAGCAACACUUGAGUGGUUUAAGGGGAAACAUUUAAAUGUCUUGGAAUGGCCUAGUCAAAGCCCAGACCUCAAUCCAAUUGAGAAUCUGUGGUAUGACUUAAAGAUUGCUGUACACCAGCGGAACCCAUCCAACUUGAAGGAGCUGGAGCAGUUUUGCCUUGAAGAAUUGGCAAAAUCCCAGUGGCUAGAUGUGCCAAGCUUAUAGAGACAUACCCCAAGAAACUUGCAGCUGUAAUUGCUGCAAAAGGUGGCUCUACAAAGUAUUGACUUUGGGGGGGUGAAUAGUUAUGCACGCUCAAGUUUUCUGUUUUUUUGUUUUAUUUCUUGUUUGUUUCACCCCAAAAAAGAUGUAUCUUCAAAUUGGUAGGCAUUUUGUGUAAAUCAAAUGAUACAAACCCCCCAAAAAAUCUAAUUUAAUUCUAGGUUAUAAGGCAACAAAAUAGGAAAAAUGCCAAGGGUGGUGAAUGCUUUCGGAAGGCACUGUACAAUUUCAGUAGCACAUGCCUUAGAGUGAUGUUCUGUGCCAUCCUCACGGCUUCCUCCAAUGGAUUAGUCCACUCAGACAGGUGUGAAUCAGAUGGGUGUCUUGUGCACCAUAAAAAAUGUAAUGAAAACAUUUGUGACUGACUGCUCGACUAAAGAAAUCUUGGUCGACCAACAUCCUAUCGACCAAACAAUCGACCAGUUGACUAAAUGGGGUCAGCCCUAAAAGAAACCCUACGUGAUAUUGCCUCCACACAUGUUGCUGUUAAUAACCAGAACUUGUGCAGCUGGUACUGUGGUUGUAGUUGAUAGUACUGUGGUUGUAAAUUAGCUGGUUGUAAUUGGCUAACACGCAUUGAUGACCUGUGACGCAACCCUGCUUGGAUCUGUUCCCUAAAAGCUUACCUUGAACACAUCAGGAAGACUGGGCAAUAGAUAAGUCAGCCACUGAAUGCUUUUGGCUGUGUUAGCAAAUAAUUUUUUUAAAAAAAUACCAGAUAGACAUUCACAUGAUACUGGUUCAUUCCUCCAUCACCUGGGUCUCUUUCAUAUGGCCACAAACUUCAUAUCUGGCUCAGACAAAGUAAUUGCUUGUUAGCGACAGGUGUUUACAUUUGCCAGUGUAAUGAAAUUCGUUUUUGGCUUGGCCCAGCUUCACCUGCCUGGCUCAUGGCUAGGCUGAUUAAUGCACAAUUAUGUCACAGCUGCUGGCUCAGGCUGGUCUUUUAGAAGUCCUCUUUCACUUCCAUCUGCUCUCUGACUCAGUGUAAAUUAUCAAUAUGAGUCUGGAAAAGCUUGUGGCCUGGAACACUCUACAUCAAUUUGCUACUGUCCUAAAUGAAUAUGGUGUGUGUGAAGGCGAGAGAUUGAUUUCUAAGCUCCAUAUAUAUAUAUAUAUAUUAGAGACUCAAACCGUUUUGAAUAUGGGUCUAAAGCUAUUAAUUUUACAGUAACUAAACUGCUUCUUCCUGGCUCUAAGGCCUGUCGGGUGUCUGUUGGGGAGAUGAGAGGAAAGCAUCACUUUGCUACUCUCUCCUCUCCCCCUUUUACAGACUGAAUGCUCUGCCUCCUGGAAAGAUGAUCUAAUGUGGUGUCAAUUAUUAUUUUUACACCAACGCUCUUAUCUGAGGGAUAAUGACCUCUGUUGAUAGUCUCCUAUGAGACACACACACAGUCAUGUAGGAUGAGGCUGGCUAGGUCAAACAAGUGUCUAAUUAGGCUAUGUCAUUUAUUUGUGUCUGGUGCCGAUUUUAAUCUGUUGUUAGUUCUACUUCCUCAUUUGCUCUGUUUCUUCCUUGUUUUGUCUGACUAAGGAGCUGCUGACUGCUGGGCUUUGGACGGAUGGAAAAUCAGGGUAAGAAAAGUAUGAUUUCUAUUUAGGCCUAAAUCCUAUUCUAUCCUAGCCUACUGCUUAAUGAAAAUUGAUUUAGCCUAGCUGUAAUAGCAUGUCAUGCCUUUUGUGUAAAUGGCUUAGGCUUUAUUGUCUAGGAAAAUGUGUUUUUGUAUGUGGUGGUCUUAGCUUUUGCCCUCAGUCAAAACAUUUGAAAACCCACACUUAAGACUGUUCUAACCUAGCUAGAUGUUAUAAGUGUUGCAUACAAUGGUGUUGUGCUUUGGAGAUUACCAUCAGGAAUGGUAUCAGAAAAGCCGAAAGUGGUGAGUCAACACUAACAGUGUAAAGUGCCAAGUUGCCUGUGCUGCGCAAGCGAUACUAGCCUGUCCUUCCAUUAGGGGUUGGGUGCAGCGUGACGCAUGGCUCUGUUGACAGGGGCUAUCUGGUUGGGCCUCUCUCCCAGCAGAGGACACACCUGUAAAGGUUAGGAAGCAGCUCAGUGUUGUUCUCUGCUGGCCCCACACGGCAUUGGCUCUAGUCUCUAGUUUCAACUGCAGAAGAACCUCCAUGUGAGUCCAUGGAAGAGGAGACUGUACUUGAUACUGUCUCGCUAGUUUCUCCCUGCCCUAUCGCAGACUGAUCUGUUGAGUUCUAUCGUUGGAUGUAUUGUUCAAAUCUGUUUAUUGAUCUCUGAAAGGAAUGGCUGUACGACGUGAGUCAAAUUCUGUUUCUGUUGGUGAUUUUGUGAUUUCUCUGUUCCGUUCUUGUGUUGAAUAGUUUUUUUGUUUGUUUGAAACUGGUGAACAAUGUCAAAGUAAUUUGUGAGGCCAUUUUAUCAAGCAGAGUCUAAAAGACUGAACUUGAUAACUGAAUGAGGGAGCGGUGUGAUUGUUUGUACUGUAAACUGGCUGAGAUCAUGUGAUAUGUGCUAUGUGUGUGGCCUCCCCUGGUCUUCCUAAGCCAGGCAUUGAAAGACGUGGGGGCUGGUCUGGUGCAGUUCUGGAUUGGUCAGGGCACUGUCCUGGUUGACCAACACACACACACACACACACACAAAAAAAAGAGAUGUUAUGUUGUCACAAUGCAGUGAAAUUUGUUCUUUUAAGGGGUCAGCCAAAGUACUACGGUGCCCCUGGAGCAAAUUAGGUUUAAGUGCCUUGCUCAAGGGCACGUCGGCAGAUUUCCAGCUUGUCAGUUCGGGUAUUCGAACCAGCAAUUUUUCGGUUACCAGCCCAACGCUCUAACCGCUAGGCUACCUGCCACCCUAUUACACCUAGAGGAACAGAGUCACAGUCCACCAGCUAGGACAGAUUAGAAGGCCAGAUCCACUGAACCCUGACCCUGGCUGGCUUUCUGACCCUGGCUGGCCAAGUGGCCCAGCUCAGUAUAAAUACACCUCACUGAUUUGAUUUCCUCCCUGUCUCUUGAACUGUUUUCAACGGAGGUGUUUAAACCGGACUGAUUCCUUCCCUGUCAUAGUGCCCAGAGCUGUAUAGGGCUCUGAUGGGGCCUUUUAUCUCAAUGGUGGUGGUUUUGGCAGUGACUGGAGUGACAUACACUACCGGUCAAAAGUGAAGUCAUUCAAACUAUGAAAUAACACACAUGGAAUUAUGUAGUAACCAAAAAAGUGUUAAACAAAUCAAAAUACAUUUUAUAUUUGAGAUUCUUCAAAUAGCCACGCUUUGCCUUGAUGACAGCUUUACACACUCUUGGCAUUCUCUCAACCAGUUUCACCUGGAAUGCUUUUCCAACAGUCUUGAAGGAGUUCACACAUAUGCUGAGCACUUGUUGGCUUCUUUUCCUUCACUCUGUGGUCCGACUCAUCCCAAACCAUCUCAAUUUGGUUGAGGUCGGGGGAUUGUGGAGGCCAGGUCAUCUGAUGCAGCACUCAUCACUCUCCUUCUUGGUAAAAUAUCCCUUACACAGCCAGCUAUGGUUCCCAGGGUAGUGGGCCUGAUUAGGACCUUUUAUCAAAAAGCUGACCUAUAGCCUCACAUUCUUAACAUUCCUGCAUGUAAUUUCCCCUUGAGAGAGGUCAGUUUUGUGUCAUUACCUGGUUCCACCUCUAGAGAGAGCUACAGUGUUCUGCACUGUGACUCAACAGAGGCAAACAGGUUUUUGAAUUGAGUAGUGUAGUGUCAGAUUUGAAAAGACGCACACACUCAAUCUUUUUUAUUUUUAAGUCAAGGUCAUUCACACACUGACUACUUCAUUCAGAGCAAUAAACAGUUGGCUACUUUUAUAGGUUACACACUGUAUUCAAAAUAGCUACUGUUUGAAACAUUGACAGGUUUGAACUAGUGUCAAGUAAGUUAUCGAACCAAGAAUUGUGCCACCUGUAACUGAACGGUUUAGGAACGUGUGCCGUGUCAACAAACAAACUGCACAUUCCCACAGUCAAUUAGUCAUUCAAUCAUUCAUUGGUUAUGGUGGACCUUUUGUAGCUCAGUUGGUAGAGCAUGGCACUUGUAAUGCCAGGGUAGUGGGUUCAAUUCCCAGGACCACCCAUACGUAAAAAAAAAUGAUGCACGCAUGACUAAGUCAUUUUGGAUAAAAGCAUCUGCUAUUAUUAUUCAUAUACACUCGGUGGACAGUUUAUUAGGUACACCCAUCUAGUUUCAGGUGGGACCCCCCUUUGCCUCCAGAACAGCCUGAAUUCUUCGGGGAAUGGAAACGUUACUCAAUUGGUAUCAAGGGACCUAACGUGUGCUAGGAAAAAAUUCCCCACAUCAUUACACCACCACCAGCCUGUACCAAUGACACCAGGCAGGAUGGGGCCGUGGACAUAUCCUGACUCUACCAUCAGCGUGACGCAACAGGAACUGGGAUUCGUCAGACCAGGCAAUGUUUUUCCACUCAUCAAUUGUCCAGUGUUGGUGAUCACGUGCCCACUGGAGUAGCUUCUUCUUGUUUUUAGCUGAUAGGAGUGGAACCUGGUGUGGUCGUCUGCUGCAAUAGCCCAUCCGUGACAAGGAUCAACGAGUUGUGCGUUCCGAGAUGCCGUUCUGCGCACCACUGUUCUACUGCGCCGUUAUUUGCCUGUUUGUGGCCUGCCUGUUAGCUUGUACGAUUCUUGCCAUUCUCUUUUGACCUCUCAUCAACAAGCUAUUAGCGCCCACAGGACUGCCGCUAACUGGAUGUUUUUUGUUUGUCACACCAUUCUCGGUAAACCCUAGACACUGUCAUGCUUGAAAAGCCCAGGAGGCCGGUCAUUUCUGAGAUACUGGAACCGGCGCGCCUAGCACCGACGAGGAUACCACGCUCAAAGUCGAUUAGGUCACUUGUUUUGUCCAUUCUAACGUUCAAUCGAACAGUAACUGAUUGCUUUGUUGCCUGUCUGCCUGCUUUAUAUAGCAAGCCACAGUGGCUGUGGUGACUCACUGUCUGUAGGUGCAAACCAUUUUUGUAAACAGGGUGGUGUACGUAAUAAACUGGCGACUGAGUGUAUAUUAUAUUGAGCUUGACUAGGUUUAUUCACACAGUUACUCUCAUGCUAUGUGAGUUUGUUGUCUUUUAAUGAGCUACAUUUCCCAAUUUAGUUUAUUUACCUUCUGAUUACUGUCAAUAUUGUAGGCUAGUCUCUAAAGGUUGAGUAUAUGCAGUUCUGUGACUGCCUAGGUUCAUUGGGCUACUAGUUCACUUAGACUUAGACUAUUAUAGCUAGGCUAGGGGAAGAAGCAACUGUUGAUUCCUUUAUGCUCUGCAGUCAUAGUUUGAGAUGGACUUUCUGCACGUUGCUAUUUGCAUUAUUUGAGAAAACAUCUCUCAUCCAGCAGGUCUUACUGUAUAUCAUAACAGUUUAUCACAUUUUUAGGUAGGCUAAUCUACUGUUUUAUGUAUUGGCACAGACUGAGUUUGAGUGUAGGCAUUUAUACAGCUCCACAAGCUUUCUUGUCCACUCCAUGGAACAGGAGUGAUUUAAGAUCAAGAAUAGUUUGUUAGGCUAUAGGCCUAGCUAUUCACAAAUUUGCCUCAGUCAUCCAGGCAAUGCUGACUGGUCUGGCAAUUGUCAAAUCUGCUCUUGAUAAGAUUCUCAGUAAAUGGAAUGUGUUUGUGGACUCUGGGUUGUAUCUUCUUGUAGACUUGAAAGGGUUGCAUCCCUAGUGUAGUGUACAGCCCGCUCGGUCUGAUUGGCAGUAGGAAAGAAAUGCCUUCCUCUCCCACCCCCUCCUUACCUCCCUCCAGGAGCUAUUUCUCCUCUCCCCCUCUCAGCCUAAACAGAGUGAUUACAUGUAACAACACCACUCACUGCUAACAUUCAGUACAGCAGGGCUGAAGGAACAUUGCUGUUCAACAGGGAUUUCUGACUGACACAUUAAACACUCACUGAAAGACCUGCUCCUUUUGUCAGUUCACUUCCCCCAAUAGUCCCACUGUGAAAGAAAGACCAAUAGAAAGCAGAAACACCUCUUGAGGGGGUGUAGCUCAGUUGGUAGAGCAUGGUGUUUGCAACGCCAGGGUUGUGGGUUCGAUUCCUAAGGGGGGCCAGUAUGAAAAAUAAAAAAUAAUGUAUGCACUCACUAACUGUAUGUCGCUCUGGAUAAGAGCGUCUGCUAAAUGACUAAAAUGUAAAUGUGUUCUGUAGAAUUCAGUGUGCCCUGAGAUAUUGUGGUGGUGUUGAUUUUAGCAGUGUGUUGACGUUGGGGCAUCUUAGGUGAGCUGUUAUGCAAUUAUGUCUUCUCUCUUCCUCAACAGUUGGGCUUUUUCAAAACUAUCCAUCCAAACUAAACUAUCCAUAAAAUAAGAAAGGAGUGUUUUGAUUAACCUGUAAGCAACAACUCUACCAUUCAGCUGUCCUUCUGCACAACAACACACCCUUCACUCAUGAGUGGUGCACUACACAUUAUAGGCUAUGUAGUUGACUCCGGGAGUGUAAUACGACAACUCAGUGACAUCACUUCCUCUUUGCAUGGUGUGGAGCUCCACCCUCCACCUAGAACCAUCUCACCUUCUACCACUUCUCACGUUACCAACCUCUCCUCUCCCCAGCAGACCUGGGUUCAAAUACUAUUUUAAUUAUCUCAAAUACUGUUAGCUUUUGCUCUAGUCUGCCUGUAGUACCAGAUGGGUGGUGUUUGCACAAUUGCACAUAUUCUAUUGAUCCCAUUGUGCCAGGCAAGAUCAAUCAAGCCCAGAUAAAAUAUCUGAAAUUAUUUUGAAUAAUAUUUGAACCCAGGUCUGUUAUCCAGCGAGCAGAGAGCCCUCCCAUUGCCAUUGUGCCUGGGUGCUGCUCUCUCUGCUCUGCUGGAGGGGACCCACUCUGACUGAAACCUCUCUGGGCUUGACUACACUGGACUGGCCUACCCUCCACCCCUCUCCUACCCCCCACCACUACCAAGCCCUCUCUCUCACCUCCCGUAUACUUUGCCCCUGAAAAAUCUGCGGUGAGGAAUGACAGGCAUCUGAGUCUUCCGGAAUGCCGCUGCCUUAUAACUGGAGUACCUUAUUUAUGAAGUCAGCUAGACAGACAGGAAGGAAGGGAGGAGGGACUUAGCAAACUGAGUGAGUAAGCAAGUGUGUGUGAGAGCGAGAGCGAGACCAAAACACACACAGUAAUAGACGGAAGGGCAGGGCGAGACUAGAAAGAAAGAGAGAAAAAGAGAGGGGUAGGGAACGACAUGAACUGAGGGAGUAGAAGAGUCUUGGGUUACAGGAGCGUUAAGGUGGUUGGGUUUGUUGGCGAGGAUCAUAGCUGGGGAUCUAUUUUUCCUCCCUGCCGUGGACCCGAGGAGAGGUAGGAGCCGGUGGGACAGGGGCGUGGGGUAGCAUGGGACAGAGUGCCAGCAAUGCUGAGACAGUGCCCCAGCAACACCAACAGCAACCUGCUCAACACAACACUGGUGAGUCCAAGGACAGAACAGGACAGGAAGCAUGUACAGAACCUGAGGACAUGAGCUUUUGUAUUUGACUUUGUAUUUGUUUUUGGAAGAGGAGGUUUUCUGUGAAGUAGCCUACUCAGCAUAACGCUGUUUGUUUGUGUUGGCGUGGGAGAACAGAGGACCUAACAGGACCUAAGGACCUGCUUUUGUAUUGGUUUCUUUGGAAGAUGAGUUUGUUUGUGGAAUGUUUUGUAGAGAAGUGUUUGUGUUAGCAUGGAACAGAGAGGGUAGGCGGAUAUGGAGGAGAUAUAGUGCAGGUGUAUUUGUGUUGGAAACAGAGACCGAGAGAGAGAGCGGAGGCAGAGAAGUGCAGGCACAGACCGGUAUCAGGGAAUUAAUGUAUGUUGAUGGAAUGUGGUGAUUGUGUAAUACACCAACCUCACUGACCACUCUGCUGUCUAAACUACACCAACCUCACUGACCACUCUGCUGUCUAAACUACACCAACCCUACUGACCACUCUGCUGUCUAAACUACACCAACCUCACUGACCACUCUGCUGUCUAAACUACACCAACCCUACUGACCACUCUGCUGUCUAAACUACACCAACCUCACUGACCACUCUGCUGUCUCUGUGUGUGUGUCAGGAUUCCAUCUCUUAUUAUGGUGUUGUACAGUUUGCCUAGCCUAAAGCCCCCAUCGGUCCUCUCUAAUACACAGAGACAAACACAGAAACCUGUUUUUGCUGCUGUGUCUGUCAGAGGGCGGAACACAUAACUGUUGAAUUUAGACUGUUCCUCUGUGUGCAGAGAGAGAUCUCCAGUCUCCGCUUGAUAGGGUGGUGGCUCUGUAUAGUUGAGCUCCAGUCUAUUAGGCUUGGAUUGUGAGUUGUAGUCAGUGAGAAGAACACGUUACAGUUGGAUUUAGGCCUAAUUGUCUCAAUCUCUGUACCGUGCAGCGUUUUGGUGGGGUGGUGGCUCAUCCGAGAUUGUCUUAGAGACAUUGGAAUGAAGCAGAAUGCUAAUUUCUGUGGACAACGGACAAUAAAGUAAUCUCCUUAUUAUCCCACUACUUCUUGUGCUCAAGUUUGUUGGGCUUAUAUUGUGAGUUUCUAAUCCAACUAAUGUGAACCGCAUGACAUGGUCUGGUCAGUCAGUGUUUGCUGUGUGAUGUUGUGGACUUUGAUAGGUUGGCAUUGUUUUGUUGUGACCUUCGAACUCUUUAAAAAGGUAAAGAAAUUGCAUGCCUUGGUUUAGGUAUUUUAUCUGUACAAUGUGGGUUUUAUAUUAGAGCCCGUUGGGGAAUGUUAAUGUAGUGUAAGCCUAGUAGGCAUUGUGUACUUUAAACUGAGUUGGUAAUGUUAUGUAAUGUAGUUAUUGCAAACAAUAAACUUGUAACACAUGUUGACUCAUACAGUGCAGUACAUACAUACAGUGAGGGGAAAAAAGUAUUUGAUCCCCUGCUGAUUUUGUACGUUUGCCCACUGACAAAGACAUUACAUUUACAUUUUUUUUACAUUUUAGUCAUUUAGCAGACGCUCUUAUCCAGAGCGACUUACAGGAGCAAUUAGGGUUAAGUGCCUUGCUCAAGGGCACAUUUACGUCAUUUAGCAGACGCUCUUAUCCAGAGCGACUCACAAAUUGGUGCAUUCACCCUAUAGCCAGUGGGAUAACCACAUUACAAUUUUUUUUUGGGGGGGGGGGGGGGGGGGGGGGUGGAAGGAUUACUUUAUCCUAUCCCAGGUAUUCCUUAAAGAGGUGGGGUUUCAAAUGUCUCCGGAAGGUGGUGAUUGACUCCGCUGUCCUGGCGUCGUGAGGGAGCUUGUUCCACCAUUGGGGUGCCAGAGCAGCGAACAGUUUUGACUGGGCUGAGCGGGAACUAUGCUUCCGCAGAGGAAGGGGAGCCAGCAGGCCAGAGGUGGAUGAACGCAAUGCCCUCGUUUGGGUGUAGGGACUGAUCAGAGCCCGAAGGUACAGAGGUGCCGUUCCCCUCACUGCUCCAUAGGCAAGCACCAUGGUCUUGUAACGGAUGCGAGCUUCAACUGGAAGCCAGUGGAGUGUGCGGAGGAGGGGGGUGACGUGAGAGAACUUGGGAAGGUUGAACACCAGACGGGCUGCGGCGUUCUGGAUGAGUUGUAGGGGUUUAAUGGCACAGGCAGGGAGGCCAGCCAACAUCGAGUUGCAGUAAUCCAGACGGGAGAUGACAAGUGCCUGGAUUAGGACCUGUGCCGCUUCCUGUGUAAGGCAGGGUCGUACUCUCCGAAUGUUGUAGAGCAUGAACCUGCAGGAGCGGGUCACCGCCUUGAUGUUAGCGGAGAACGACAGGGUGUUGUCCAGGGUCACGCCAAGGCUCUUCGCACUCUGGGAGGAGGACACAACGGAGUUGUCAACCGUGAUGGCGAGAUCAUGGAACGGGCAGUCCUUCCCCGGGAGGAAGAGCAGCUCCGUCUUGCCAGGGUUCAGCUUGAGGUGGUGAUCCGUCAUCCAUACUGAUAUGUCUGCCAGACAUGCAGAGAUGCGAUUCGCCACCUGGUUAUCAGAAGGGGGAAAGGAGAAGAUUAGUUGUGUAUCGUCAGCGUAGCAUUGAUAGGAGAGGCCAUGUGAGGAUAUGACAGAGCCAAGUGACUUGGUGUAUAGGGAGAAAAGGAGAGGGCCUAGAACUGAGCCCUGGGGGACACCAGUGGUGAGAGCACGUGGUGCGGAGACAGCUUCUCGCCACGCCACUUGGUAUGAGCGACCGGUCAGGUAGGACGCAAUCCAGGAGUGAGCCGCGCCGGAGAUGCCCAGCUCGGAGAGGGUGGAGAGGAGGAUCUGAUGGUUCACAGUAUCAAAGGCAGCAGACAGGUCUAGAAGGACAAGAGCAGAGGAGAGAGAGUUAGCUUUAGCAGUGCGGAGAGCCUCCGUGACACAGAGAAGAGCAGUCUCAGUUGAAUGACCAGUCCUGAAACCUGACUGGUUUGGAUCAAGAAGGUCAUUCUGAGAGAGAUAGCAAGAGAGUUGGCUAAAGACGGCACGCUCAAUAGUUUUGGAAAGAAAAGAAAGAAGGGAUACUGGUCUGUAGUUGUUGACAUCAGUGGGAUCGAGUGUUGGUUUUUUGAGAAGGGGAGCAACUCUCGCUCUCUUGAAGACGGAAGGGACAUGGCCAGCGGUCAAGGAUGAGUUGACAUGCCAAAGACAUGAUCAUUCUAUAAUUUUAAUGGUAUGUUUAUUUGAACAGUGAGAGACAGAAUAACAACAAAAAAACGCUUGACAAAAAUGUUAUAAAUAGAUUUUCAUUUUAAUGAGGGAAAUAAGUAUUUGACCCCUCUGCAAAACAUGACUUAGUACUUGGUGGCAAAACCCUUGUUGGCAAUCACAGAGGUCAGACGUUUCUUGUAGUUGGCCACCAGGUUUGCACACAUCUCAGGAGGGAUUUUGUCCCACUCCUCUUUGCAGAUCUUCUCCAAGUCAUUAAGGUUUCGAGGCUGACGUUUGGCAACUCGAACCUUCAGCUCCCUCCACAGAUUUUCUAUGGGAUUAAGGUCUGGAGACUGGCUAGGCCACUCCAGGACCUUAAUGUUCUUCUUCUUGAGCCACUCCAUUGUUGCCUUGGCCGUGUGUUUUGGGUCAUUGUCAUGCUGGAAUACCCAUCCACGACCCAUUUUCAAUGCCCUGGCUGAGGGAAGGAGGUUCUCACCCAAGAUUUGACGGUACAUGGCCCCGUCCAUCGUCCCUUUGAUGCGGUGAAGUUGUCCCGUCCCCUUAGCAGAAAAACACCCCCAAAGCAUAAUGUUUCCACCCCCAAGUUUGACGGUGGGGAUGGUGUUCUUGGGGUCAUAAGCAGCAUUCCUCCUCCUCCAAACACGGCGAGUUGAGUUGAUGCCAAAGAGCUCGAUUUUGGUCUCAUCUGACCACAACACUUUCACCCAGUUCUCCUCUGAAUCGUUCAGAUGUUCAUUGGCAAACUUCCGACGGGCCUGUAUAUGUGCUUUCUUGAGCAGGGGGACCUUGCAGGCGCUGCAGGAUUUCAGUCCUUCACGGCGUAGUGUGUUACCAAUUGUUUUCUUGGUGACUAUGGUCUCAGCUGCCUUGAGAUCAUUUACAAGAUCCUCCCGUGUAGUUCUGGGCUGAUUCCUCACCAUUCUCAUGAUCAUUGCAACUCCACAAGGUGAGAUCUUGCAUGGAGCCCCAGGCCGAGGGAGAUUUACAGUUAUUUUGUGUUUCUUCCAUUUGCGAAUAAUCGCACCAACUGUUGUCACCUUCUCACCAAGCUGUUUGGCGAUGGUCUUGUAGCCCAUUCCAGCCUUGUGUAGGUCUACAAUCUUGUCCCUGACAUCCUUGGAGAGCUCUUUGGUCUUGGCCAUGGUGGAGAGUUUGGAAUCUGAUAGAUUGAUUGCUUCUGUGGACAGGUGUCUUUUAUACAGGUAACAAGCUGAGAUUAGGAGCACACUCUUAAAGGGAGUACUCCUAAUCUCAGCUCAUUACCUCCCUCAUUAAAAUGCAAAUCAAUUUAUAACAUUUUGACAUGCGUUUUUCUGGAAUUUAUUUUGUUCAAGUUCAAAUGAAGUUCAAAUAAACCUACCAUUUAAAAUUGUAGACUGAUCAUUUCUUUGUCAGUGGGCAAACGUACAAAAUCUGCAGGGGAUCAAAUACUUUUUUCCCACACUGUAUAAUUGUAUUUCUUAUGUACAGUUCUCUCCUGUGUAUACUUCCACUGCAUGCAUGCAUGGUAUACCACCACAGUGCUACGCUCGUAGGAAUAGAAUGUCAUUCCAACUUUAUGGCUACGUUACUCCAUGCAGUUAUCAGAAGCUAUGUUGACUCAGUGCGUGUCAUGGCAUUGGUAUGGGUCAUUUACCGUAUGGAGCCUUCAGUAUUACUGCUGGUUGCGUAAGAGCAAGCCAAGGAUUAGGCUACUCUAGCAGCUGUCUCUGCUUCUCUCUGCUUGUCAUGUUAACACAGUAAUGGCAGCAGGUGGAUUUUCUAAGCCGGGAAACAAUGAGUACAUUCACCUUGACAAUAUUGUCGCAGUUUUCGGUUCAAACAAGACGUGUGUGUGUGCGCAGGUUUGUUGUAAUAUACGUAGCUUGCAUGCCAGUAAGACAGUGCUCAACCUGUGGAUGGAUGUCAAGCUCUCUCUCUCUUUGUGAUGGCCUAUCAGUCUCUGUAGCAGUGGCCUCUCUCUCUCUCUCUCUUUGUGAUGGCCUAUCAGUCUCUGUAGCAGUGGCCUCUCUCUCUCUUUGUGAUGGCCUAUCAGUCUCUGUGUAGCAGUGGCCUCUCUCUCUUUGUGAUGGCCUAUCAGUCUCUGUAGCAGUGGCCUCUCUCUCAGACAGACAGACACCAACCCCCUCUCCGUCCCCUCCCAGAACCUAUUUAGUCUGUCUGUCCAGGAUAUAGUAUGUGGCAGUGUGAGACAGCUGUGAGGCCAAUGUGUUUGACAGAGUAAAUGUUCACCGCCCACCACUGCACCCUGUCCCCUGCAUCGCUGCAGUGCCAUACAGUUGAGGUUAGGACCUCUCCGCGGUCAACCGGAGAUCACACGAGACCCAUAUAGGAACUGAACCGAACCGACAAACACUUGUUUAUCUCAUAGAAAUACAUGGACCUGACAACAGUGUUCUGAAUUUAAAGGGACAUGAAAAGGAGCACUCAUUUGAAUGAGGUGUAUCAUUCACAGCAACGUAAACUCAGGCUUAGACUUAAUCCGAAAUGAUUUAAUAUAGGAUACAGUAUAGCUAGGCUAACAGUUAUGGUGACUUGGCAUGGUGAUUGCUGGUGUUUGAAGUUCAGUUGGUAUUGCCAGUUCUGGUGACCAUGAUAAAGUAUGAUUCCUCAGUUGUUCCUGUAUGGAACUGUCUGUACCCAAAUGAAAUAUAAUGUCCUGAGCUUUGCUGCUGAUACAUUUAGCCUAGACUAACCUUGAGAAGAUGUACAGUACUGCAGGGAACUUCAUCUCUCUGAGUGUUGACUGUUUCCAGACCAGCACAGUUGUCAUGCGGCCUGGAUGUGGAACUAUUUACAGUACAUAUUAUGCAUACUAGAUGCAUGUUUUAAGAUGCAUAUUGGCAUUAGGUCUGAUGUAAUCUUCAGGCUAGAACAUUAGUUCCCAAACUAUGGGUCGCGACCCCAUGUUUGUCACCUGAUAUGAAAAUGGGGUCACGGGAGAAUUUCAAAAAUCCUUAAAACAAAAACAAACAAAACAAAAAAUAUAUAUACACUACUGUUCAAAAGUUUGGGGUCACUUAGAAAUGUCCUUGUUUUUUUGUCCAUUUUAAAAUAACAUCAAAUUGAUCAGAAAUACAGUGUAGACAUUGUAAAUGUUGUCAAUGGCUAUUGUAGCUGGAAACGGCUGAUUUUUUUUAAAUCGAAUAUCUACAUAGGCGUACAGAGGCCCAUUAUCAGCAACCAUCAGUCCUGUGUUCCUAUGGCACGUUGUGUUUGCUAAUCCAAGUUUAUCAUUUUAAAAGGCUAAUUGAUCAUUAGAAAACCAUUUUGCAAUUAUGUUAGCACAGCUGAAAACUGUUGUGCUGAUUUAAGGAAGCAAUAGAACUGGCCUUCUUGAGACUAGUUGAGUAUCUGGAGCAUCAGCAAUUGUGGGUUCGAUUACAGGAUCAAAAUGGUCAUAAACAAAUAACUUUCUUCUGAAACUCGUUAGUCUAUUCUUGUUCUGAGAAAUGAAGGCUAUUCCAUGCGAGAAAUUUCCAAGAAACUGAAGAUCUCGUACAACGCUGUGUACUACUCCCUUCACAGAACAGCGCAAACUGGCUCUAACCAGAAUAGAAAGAGGAGUGGGAGGCCCCAGUGCACAACUGAGCAAGAGUACAAAUACAUUAAGUGUGUCUAGUUUGAGAAACAGACGCCUCACAGGUCCUCAACUGGCAGCUUCAUUAAAAAGUACCCGCAAAACACCAGUCUCAACGUCAACAGUGAAGAGGCGGCUCUGGGAUGCUGACCAAGGCAGAGUUGCAAAGAAAAAGUCCAGUGUCUGUGUUCUUUUGCCCAUCUUAAUAUUUUAUUUUUAUUGGCCAGUCUGAGAUUUGGCUUUUUCUUUGCAACUCUGCCUAGGUCAGCCUCCCGGAGUCGCCUCGUCACUGUUGACGUUGAGACUGGUGUUUUGCAGGUACUUUUUUAAUGAAGCUGCCAGUUGAGGACCCAUGUUGUUGGUCCCAUGUUUCAUGAGCUGAAAUUAAAGAUCCCAGAAAUGUUUCAUAUGCACAAAAAGCUUAUUUCUCUCACAUUUUGUGCACACAUUUGUUUACAUCCCUGUUAGAGAGCAUUUCUCCUUUGCCAAGAAAAUCCAUCCACCUGACAGGUGUGGCAUAUCAAGAAGCUGAUUAAACAGCGUAAUCAUUACACAGUUGCACCUUGUGCUGGGGACAAUAAAAGGCCACUCUAAAAUGUGCUGUUUUGUCACACAACACAAUGCCACAGAUGUCUCAAGUUUCCAGGGUGCGGUCAAAUGGCAUGCUGACUGCAGGAAUGUCCACCAGAGCUAUUGCCAGAUAAUUUAAUGUUAAUUUCUCUACCGUAAGCCGCCUCCCAACAUCGUUUUAGAGAAUUUAGCAGUACGUCCAACCAGCCUCUCAACCGUAGACCACAUGAAUGGCGUCGUGUGUGCGAGCGGUUUGCUGAUAUCAAUGUUGUGAACAGAAUGCUCCAUGGUGGCAGUGGGGUUACGGUAUGGGCAGGCAUAAGCUACGGACAAUGAACACAAUUGCAUUUUAUCGAUGGCAGUUUGAAUGCAUAGAAAUACCGUGACGAGAUCAAUUUUUUAAAAAGGCUUCUGUGACCAACAGAUACAUACAGUGCAUUUGGAAAGUUUUCAUACCCCUUGACUUUUACAGCCUUAUUCUAAAAUGGAUUAAAUUGUUGUUUUUCUCAUCAAUUUACCCACAAUACCCCAUAAUGACAAAGCAAAAACAGUUUUUUAGAAAUGUUUGCGAAUUUAAAACAUCACAUUUACAUACGUUUUCAGACCCUUUACUUAGUACUUGGUUGAAGCACCUUUGGCAGCGAUUACAGCCUAGAAUCUUCUUGGGUAUGACGCUACAUGCUUGGCACAACUGUAUUUGGGGAGUUUCUCCCAUUCUUCUCUGCAGAUCCUCUCAAGCUCUGUCAGGUUGGAUGGGGAGCGUCGCUGCACAGCUAUUUUCAGGUCUUUCCAGAGAUGUUCGAUCGGGUUCAAGUCCGGGCACUGGCUGGGCCACUCGAGUACAUUCAGAGACUUGUCUCGAAGCUACUCCUGUGCUGUCUUGGCUGUGUGCUUAGGGUCGUUGUCCUGUUGUAAGGUGAACCUUUGACCCAGUCUGAGGUCCUGAGCGCUCUGUAGCAGGUUUUCAUCAAUGAUAUCUCAGUACUUUGUUCCGUUCAUCUUUCGCUCGAUCCUGACUAGUCUCCCAGUCCCUGCCGCUGAAAAACAUUCCCACAGCACGAUGCUGCCACCACCCUGCUUCACCAUAGGGUGGUGCCAUGUUUCCUCCAGACGUGACGCUUGGCAUUCAGGCCAAAGAGUUCAAUCUUGGUUUCAUCAGACCAGAGAAUCUUGUUUCUCAUGGUCUGAGAGUCCUUUAGGUACCUUUUGGCAAACUCCAAGCAGGCUGUCAUGUGCCUUUUACUAAGGAGUGGCUUCCGUCUGGCCACUUUACCAUAAAGGCCUGAUUGCUGAAGUGCUGCAGAGAUGGUUGUCCUUCUGGCAGGUUCUCCCAUCUCCACAAAGGAACUCUGAAGCUCUGUCAGAGUGACCAUUGGUUUCUUGGUCACCUCCCUGACCAAGGCCCUUCUUCCCCGAUUGCUCAGUUUGGCCGAGCGGCCAGCUCUAGGAAGAGCCUUGGUGUUUCCAAACUUAUUCCAUUUAAGAAUGAUGGAGGCCACUGUGUUCUUGGGGACCUUCAGUGCUGCAGAACUGUUUUGUUACCCUUCCCCAGACCAUCCCUACAGUGAAGCAUGGUAGUGGCAGCAUCAUGCUGUGAGGAGGUUUUCAGUGGCAGGGACUGGGAGACUAGUCAGGAUCGAGGGAAAGUUGAACGGAGCAAAGUACAGAGAGAUUCUCUGUUUUGUUUUUGCUGGCACUGACUGGCUUCUCUGUCUCUUUCGGUCUCUCUCAAACAGUGUUCUGUGGAACUGAGGUGCGCCUGGCGCCUGCCUGCCGCAGGGAUAUCAGCACUCCCAUCUUCCCCUCCUGAAUCUUGGCCCCGUCUCGCACAUCUUGCCAUGUCUUGUCUCCCAACCUCUCUCUUUUUGCCGUCUCUUUCUCUUUCCUCUGCUCGUCUUUUAUAACAUUAUUAUUUUGUUUAGCAGACACCCUUGCCUGUAGUGAAUUGCACCUCUAUCCUGUUUUUAGCAUUCUUUUAUCUAUUCAUACUAUUUAGUCUGUCACAACUGAGCGAGGACAGAGUUGUACUUUUGCCUGAGGGCACGAUAUGCCUUCUCUCUCCCUCUAGCUCUUUGAAUCUGUCAAAUUGCCAAUCGAGAGAAUUCGAUCUGUUGCUUUCCACUUACCUUUCAUCCCUCUUUCUCAUUCCAGGGUGUCUGCUAAGAGUCAGAAUAGAGGAGGAUGAGGGAGAGAUGGGUGGAGGAGUGAAUUGAGGAUGACGUUGCAAAUUGGCUCUGUCCUAAAGUGUGACCCAUAGACUGGAUUGGUGUGACCUCAGUAAUAUAAGGCAGAUGACUGUAACAUAUGUCUGGCGUUUUAUAUAGAACUCAAUGUGAACUGGGUGUGUGGGAACCUCAUGCUAUUCACAGCUUCCUGGCAGGUUCCUUAGGUAGUGCAUUUGAUUCAGUCAGUCAACCAUCAGUCUGCUGUUUGUCCUAAGCACCGUUGUCUUAUGCAACAAGUCGACUCAUCACCUAAGAAUAGGUGGAUAUUUCACACCCAGUCUUCCUGGAUCUGUUACAUGGUUUGCAGCAGCAUGUGAUGUCAUCAGCUGGAGACCAGUUAUGAGUCAUGGUUUCUGGGAGAGUAACCUAACCCUGUCCUCUCUAACGUGUUGCUUGUUUGUAUAUUAUGCUCUUUGAAUGCAGUUUCUGUGGUAAUUAUGUGUGUAACUCUUGACUGUGUGACUCUUGACUUAUGUUUGUAUUGAAACCAUCCUACUCCGACUUCUCACCAUCAGAAUGAAACGACGGUCUCAGUUCAAUGUUAGAAACUCUUGAGUUGGAGCAGCAGCCAAAGACGUAUUAUCAACAUACCAACAUAAGAAUCUCUGCCAACUGGUACAACUCAGCAGCCAAUAAGAAUGGAAUUCAGACCAGCCUUCAGCUUUAAGCCUGGCUCAGAGUCUGUACUGUGGUCUAGUAUGACACCGACACUCUGUACUCUAAGAUGGCAGUGGAAUGUAGCACCAACUAGCUCAAGCCUAGUUCAUAGUCUUGCAGGCUCUAGUUGUGUCUUGUUUAUUAUCCAGUCGUGUGGUCAAGUGCUGCAAGGAAAGACCUAGUUAAGCUGCAGCUGGCCCAGAACAGAGCGGCACGUCUUGCUCUUCAUUGUAAUCAGAGGGCUAAUAUAAAUACUAUGCAUGCCAGUCUCUCUUGGCUAAGAGUUGAGGAGAGACUGACUGCAUCACUUCUUCUUUUUAUAAGAAACACUAAUGUGUUGAAAAUCCCAUAUUGUUUGCAUAGUCAAUUUACACACAGCUCUGACACACAUACUUAACCCACCAGACAUGCCACCAGGGGUGUUUUCACAGUCCCCAAAUCCAGAACAAAUUCAAGAAAGCGUAGUGUUAUAUAGAGCCAUUAUUGCAUGGAACUCCCUUCCAUCUCAUAUUGCUCAAAUGAACAGCAAAUCUGGUUUAAAAAACCCCCAGAUAAAUUAACCCCUCACGGCAAAACGCCUCUCCCCUAUUUGACCUAGAUAGUUUGUGUACAGUGGGGGGAAAAAGUAUUUAGUCAGCCACCAAUUGUGCAAGUUCUCCCACUUAAAAAGAUGAGAGAGGCCUGUAAUUUUCAUCAUAGGUACACGUCAACUAUGACAGACAAAUUGAGAAAAAAAUUCCAGAAAAUCACAUUGUAGGAUUUUUUAUGAAUUUAUUUGCAAAUUAUGGUGGAAAAUAUGUAUUUGGUCACCUACAAACAAGCAAGAUUUCUGGCUCUCACAGACCUGUAACUUCUUCUUUAAGAGGCUCCUCUGUCCUCCACUCAUUACCUGUAUUAAUGGCACCUGUUUGAACUUGUUAUCAGUAUAAAAGACACCUGUCCACAACCUCAAACAGUCACACUCCAAACUCCACUAUGGCCAAGACCAAAGAGCUGUCAAAGGACACCAGAAACAAAAUUGUAGACCUGAACCAGGCUGGGAAGACUGCAUCUGCAAUAGGUAAGCAGCUUGGUUUGAAGAAAUCAACUGUGGGAGCAAUUAUUAGGAAAUGGAAGACAUACAAGACCACUGAUAAUCUCCCUCGAUCUGGGGCUCCACGCAAGAUCUCACCCUGUGGGGUCAAAAUGAUCACAAGAACGGUGAGCAAAAAUCCCAGAAGCACACGGGGGACCUAGUGAAUGACCUGCAGAGAGCUGGGACCAAAGUAACAAAGCCUACCAUCAGUAACACACUACGCCGCCAGGGACUCAAAUCCUGCAGUGCCAGACGUGUCCCCCUGCUUAAGCCAGUACAUGUCCAGGCCCGUCUGAAGUUUGCUAGAGUGCAUUUGGAUGAUCCAGAAGAGGAUUGGGAGAAUGUCAUAUGGUCAGAUGAAACCAAAAUAGAACUUUUUGGUAAAAACUCAACUCGUCGUGUUUGGAGGACAAAGAAUGCUGAGUUGCAUCCAAAGAACACCAUACCUACUGUGAAGCAUGGGGGUGGAAACAUCAUGCUUUGGGGCUGUUUUUCUGCAAAGGGACCAGGACGACUGAUCCGUGUAAAGGAAAGAAUGAAUGGGGCCAUGUAUCGAGAUUUUGAGUGAAAACCUCCUUCCAUCAGCAAGGGCAUUGAAGAUGAAACGUGGCUGGGUCUUUCAGCAUGACAAUGAUCCCAAACACACCGCCCGGGCAACGAAGGAGUGGCUUCGUAAGAAGCAUUUCAAGGUCCUGGAGUGGCCUAGCCAGUCUCCAGAUCUCAACCCCAUAGAAAAUCUUUGGAGGGAGUUGAAAGUCUGUGUUGCCCAGCGACAGCCCCAAAACAUCACUGCUCUAGAGGAGAUCUGCAUGGAGGAAUGGGCCAAAAUACCAGCAACAGUGUGUGAAAACCUUGUGAAGACUUACAGAAAACGUUUGACCCGUGUCAUUGCCAACAAAGGGUAUAUAACAAAGUAUUGAGAAACUUUUGUUAUUGACCAAAUACUUAUUUUCCACCAUAAUUUGCAAAUAAAUUCAUUAAAAAUCCUACAAUGUGAUUUUCUGGAAAAAAUAUCUCAUUUUGUCUGUCAUAGUUGAUGUGUACAUAUGAUGAAAAUUACAGGCCUCUCUCAUCUUUUUAAGUGGGAGAACUUGCACAAUUGGUGGCUGACUAAAAACUUUUUUUCCCCACUGUAUAUAUUGAUAUGUAGGCUACGUGUUCCUUUUUAUAAUUGAUGUAGUUCUGUCCUUGAGCUGUUCUUGUCUAUUAAUAUUCUGUAUUAUGUCAUGUUUCAUGCUUUGUGUGGACCCCAGGAAGAGUAGCUGCUGCUUUCGCAACAGCUAAUCGGGAUCCUAAUAUAAUACCACAUUCUGUAACGUUACUGUUGGAGACAUACUGUAGCACUGUAGAGUUAGUUAGGGCCUAGUCUAUAUGUGAAAUGGAUCCCUUUUUUACGAAUAGGGCUGCACGUUCAGUAGGCCUAUUUUAUAAUUUUCUAUCCGCCCAUGCCUUCAUUUUAUGUCUUGUAAUAAGUGUCAUGACACUCACCUCUCUCCCUCCCUUUCUUCCUCCCUCUCUCUCCCUCUUUCCCUCCUUCUCCAGAUGAUGAGGUGGACUUGCAGCAGAGUACAACAGGGAGUGAGGGAGGGAACUCAUCAGGCGGAACCCCUCCCUCCAAACGCAAGGGCAAGUUCUCCAGCUUUGGUAAUAUGUUCAAGCCCUGGAAGUGGAGGAAGAAGAAGAGCAGUGAGACGUUUAUCGAAACCUCAAUAGGUACCUACCCUUUAUAAGUAGGCAAAUUUAUGUAUGGAUUUAUUGUAAGGACGUGUUGAAGUUGAACUUCUAUCUUAAGUCAGCUCAAGUCUUCAUGGUGUCAGACACGGUUACUCAUCAAGGCACCUCUGUUAAGGGAAAAAAUUAAGCAUUUGUUUACUUUCAGUGUUGGAGAGGAAGAUCUCAGUAAGGAGACCUCGUCAGGAGCUGAUCGACAGAGGAGUGCUGAAAGAACUCCCAGAGAAUGGUAUGCAGACUAGGGCCUAUCCACAAAGCCUCUCAGAGUAGGGUGCUGGUCUAGGAUCAGGCCUUUUUGAUCAUAAUAAAUAAGAUUAUAUGGACAGAUCCUAAAUCUGCACUCCCUACUCGGAGAUGCUUUGUGGCUACAGGCCCUGAUCAUUGUGGAGUAGGCAAAGGACCUAAAGAGAUACAAGAGCCUAUAUUUUAUCAACGAGAAACAAAACUAUAGUAGGGUAACACUUUUAGAGAAUGUUGAGAUGUAGAGAAUAUCUUUGCUGACCUCAAAUUCCAUCAUUAUGCGUUUCUGUGUCACAGAGGGCAACAAUGUGAACCAUUCCAAAGAUUCGGUGUUGAAGAAUGGCCAGCCAGUGCCCACGGAUGUUGACCGGGUCUCAGAGUCAGGGGUCAGGGUGUCCCGGGGAGAGGCAGGCCCAGGGCUCAACCCCACCUGGCUGCCCCAGGGAGAGGACCCACGCCGGGGCAGCGUCCCUUCAGAUGACCCCCGGAGCAGGAGCAGGGUGCCCUCCGACGCCUCGCGCUCCAACCGAGCCCCACUGGAUGUAGACUCACACGCCAGGCUAUCGGCCAUAGAUCUGGAGAGACGGAGCAGACUGCCGUCUGACGUGUCAGAGAGGAGAGGAGGGUCACUACCGAGAGGACCUGCUCCAGAGGAGGGGAGGCACCGGAGAGAGGAGAGGAGAGACGGGAAAGAGGUCAAGAGAGAGGAGAGGAGAGAGGGGAAGGAUGAGAGGAGAGAGGGGAAGGAUGAGAGGAGAGAUGGGAAGGAGGAGAGGAGAGAUGGGAAGGAGGAGAGGAGAGAUGGGAAGGAGGAGAGGAGAGAUGGGAAAGAGGAGAGGAGAGAUGGGAAGGAGGAGAGGAGAGAUGGGAAAGAGGAGAGGAGAGAUCCUCGUGAUGACAGGGAGGAGAGAGAAAGAAAGGAUCGGAGGGAGAGGGAGGAGAGAGACCGGGAGGGAGGCGAACGGAGGGAUGAGAAAGACAACAGGGAAAAGAGAGACCGGAGAGAUGACAGGGAGAGGAGAGAUGAUAGAGUAGUGAGAGAGGAGAGGGACAGAGAUGAUCGAGAGAGGAGAGAAGAGGGGGGGAAGGAGGACAAGGAGAAGAGAGGAGAAAAAGAUGACAGAAGAGAGGGAAAAGAGAGAAGAGAUGAUCGUGAGAAAAGAGACGACAGGAGAGACGAGAAGAGAGAGGAUCGAGAGAGGAGGGAUGACAGGAGAGACGAGAAGAGAGAGGAUCGAGAGAGGAGAGAUGACCGGGAAAGAAAAGAUGACCGGUACAAGAGAAUCGAUCGUGAAAAGCCAGACGAAAGGAGAGAUGAUCGUGAUCGCAGAGACGAUGGGGAAAAGAGGGGGGAAGAGAGGGAUCGGAGAAGGAGUCCUCCUAGGGCUGGGAAACCAGAGCCCCUCUUGAAACCUAUAGAAGAGGGUCGUCCUGUGGUCAGACCCCACUCUGAGAUGGAGCUAAGGCCGAGUCUCCAGAAGACCUCCUCAGAGGACCUCCGUAGCAGGGUCCGCCCUGCCUCCGAGGCUUACAGCGGGAGCACCCUGCCCAGGUACAUGCCAUCUGAGGAGACCAAAGGAGGGGAGACCCGCGGACGAGCAGGUAAGAAACAGCCUGGGGCGUAAAAGUAAAUGCACUUGCUUGUAUGUCUGAAGGUUGCUCUGCAGUUGUUGGAGAAGUUCAACAAUUUUUUAGUGGAAAUAAGCACUUCAAUGCACCACCAACCCCAGUGUAUUGGGCACUUUGCAAGUGCAAUGUGUUUCUGUCUGCUAGUUGAGUGUCUAGGAGAUUCUGUGUUGUAUAUCUGGUAACUCUGUGAUUCUCCUUGUUCUCACCCCUGUGAGAGGACUUGACCAGAAUCCGUCUUUACUUAGUUAAUCUGUUAUAAAGCUGCUUAUUGUCCAACGUUGUGUUGCAGCUCAUCUCAGCUCUGUGUUCUAUGUGCUCAGCACUGUACAGUAACAGUGUGUUUGUUGUGGUUGCGCUUUGAGCCCCAGGGACCAUGGGGGAAUAGAAACGUAUUGUCCUCCUGACCUCUCCCUCUCUGUGUGUGUGUGUGUGUGUGUGUGUCUCCAUGUCCUGUCCCUGUCUGUAGAGUCCACUGGUGUCCGCUUCGCCCCUAGCCACACCCCAGACCCUGACUCCACCCGUGACUCCUCCUCCUCCCGGAGAGAGCCGCCUCCUACCAAACAGGCCAUGCUUCCUCCUAAGAGCCACCCCACUAUCACCUCCUCCACGGAACCUGGCCAGACCUCCACUCCACCCUCCUCCUCCUUUAUUUCCUCUACCUCCCCUACUAUAGCGGUGGCCAAGCCACCCAGGACUGUCUCCCUGGUCAUCAGUGAUGACCCUCCUCCCACGCACUCCAACCCCGUCCCCCCUGCACGGUCCAGCCAGGUACCCCCCUCCUCCACCACGGGGGAAUCGGCUGCUCCUCCCCAUGUACCCCCCCAUGCCAAGCAGCCACCUGUACCCCCACCCAAACCCACCAACCGCAACAGCAACCCCACUCUGCUUGGUGAGUUUACCCUGCCUCUUCUCCCUGUUUGUACAGUUGUUUCACUCCAUAAUGUACUGAUUAUAAUUGUACUACAUACAGUGAGGGGAAAAAAAUAUUUGAUCCCCUGCUGAUUUUGUACGUUUGCCCACUGACAAAGACAUGAUCAGUCUAUAAUUUGAACGGUAGGUUUAUUUGAACAGUGAGAGACAGAAUAACAACAAAAAAAUCCAAGAAAAACAAAUGUAAAAAAUGUUAUAAAUUGAUUUGCAUUUUAAUGAGAGAAGUAAGUAUUUGACCCCCUCUCAAUCAGAAAGAUUUCAAUACUCUUUCGCAAAGGACUCCAGUAGGAGACACUUGUGCUUCCUCGCCAAAAGGAGGCUAUCGAGGAAGGGAGGACCGUCUUCCAUUUGCCUAUUAACAAAUUGACACUCCUCGAAGACUCUUCUGUUUCUGGCUCAAACGAGAAAAGGCCCUAGUCUGCAGUUUCAGUGUACAGCGAGACAGUCUCUUAAGAGAGGGCUCGUCUUUGCCGCGUUUAUGCAAGCACAACAUACUCACACACACACAACGCCAUACUGGCACUCCUCUGACAGGCUGGGAGCGACUCCAGAGCGUCCAGGGCUCUGAUUGGCUGCCUCAGUGUUCUGUGUCCUCUGACCCAGCAUGCCGCAGCUGCUCUAGGUCGGAGCCCAUCCCAACAGUCUGUAUAGUAACAGUUGUUGUGACGCAAUUAGAAAAUUCCUAUGCCAUUCUGAAGGCGUGGUCCUCAUAGAUACUUUACUCCAUUUCACACUCACUCAGUAUUCAUACAGUGGACAUCUGGCUAACGUUGUUGUCAUGCUGAACAUAGAGUUGUGUACAACAGAAAUGAUAGUACUCAUAAUUUGGACCUGAUAGGCUUUCCGAGUCUGUAUUCUGAUUGGCUGCUACAUUGACACACAACACCUCACGGUUCACUAUCUGCACACUCAGCAAGUCUUAAAUCCUGCAGCUGCUGUUAUUUUCCCUCCAUGUCUCCUGGCUAAUCCCAGGGCUCAAUGGUUAAAUCAUAUACACUGAGUGUACAAAACAUUAGGAACACCUGCUCAUUCCAUGACACAGACUGACCAGGUGAAUCCAGGUGAAAUCUAUGAUCCCUUAUUGAUGUCACAUGUUAAAUCCACUUCAAUCAGUGUAGAUGAAGGGGAGGAGUCAGGUUAAAUAAGGAUUUUUAAGCCUUGAGGAAAAUUGAGACAUGGAUUGUGUAUGUGUGCCAUUCAGAGGGUGAAUGGGCAAGACAAAAUAUUUAAGUGCAUUUGAACAGGUUAUGGUAGUAGGUGCUAAGGGCACCAGUUUGAGCGUGUCAAGAACUGCAACGUUCCUGGGUUUUUCAUGCUCAACAGUUUUCCGUGUGUAUCAAGAAUGGUCCACCACCCAAAAGACAUCCAGCCAACAUGACACAACUGUGGGAAGCGUUGGAAUCAACAUGGGCCUCCAUCCCUGUGGCACGCUUUCGACACCUUGUAGAGUCCAUGCCCAGACUAAUUGAGGUUGUUCUGAGGGCAAAAGAGGAUGCAACUCAAUAUUAGGAAGGUGUUCCUAAUGUUUUGUACACUCAGUGUAUAUAACCCUGUCAUUGGUCAUAUACCAUAAGGGAUCCACAGAAUGCAAACAUCCAUUCUCUCUCUGCAAGAGAGCAGCGGUUUAUGUAUCAUCACAAUAUGUACAUACAAUAGGCCUACAUCCUCACCAGUCUGUAAACAGACAAUCAUGUGUUUUCCUGACAGCUUUCUAUCCAAAGUCUAUCCUUAUGCUAGAUAUUAGAUUUAGUAAGAUUAGAUAUUAGGUUACUUCUUAAUUGGGCUCCUGAGUGGCGCAGCGGACUAAGGCACUGCAUCUCAGUGCUUGAGGCAUCACUACAGACCCUGGUUUGAUUCCAGGCUGUAUCACAAUCCGGCUGUGAUUGGGAGUCCCAUAGGGCGGCGUACAAUUGGCCCAGCGUCGUCCGGGUUUGGCCGGGUUAGGCCGUCAUUGUAAAUAAGAAUUUGUUCUUAACUGACUUGUCUAGUUAAAUAAAGGUUAAAUAAAUAAAUAAACAAUUAAUUGAGGUAACAAUCUGCCUAGCUGGGCGGCAGUGGCCAGAUAUUGUGUCCCGCACCUUCAAGCAGCCUGCUGAAGGCCUUGACCUCUGACCUCAUCUCUGGCAGUGUCCACAUUGAACAGGGCCUCCAGGGUCCACGGUCCCCCUCCUCCUCACUACUGGACUAGCUGGAGAAUGCAGGGGGAGCUGGGCCUCUACCUUUCCCUGCCCACCUACCUCCACCGCCGACAGGCUGAACAAGCCUGCUCAGGUACCCUGCCCUGAGGGGCACAACCCAAACCUGCCAUGCCACGCUAUGUCGCUGUCAUUCUGAUUAACCAUAAUCGCUCCACAGCAUGUGUUGUGGCACAUCACCAAGUCUAAUGCCUGACCUAUAACAACUGAAUAACUGUUCCCCAUUCUGCCCAUAGCGCGAAGUGUGAUGCACCACCAGCAUAGAUCGAUCGUCCCACACUACUUCAUUCAUUGCAUGUGGAUUGAGUUGUGGCUGAACUGACGGAACUAACUUGACUUGGCUGGAAUGAAAACAAUGCAUGGAAGUUAGGAUAACUGCCAGGCAGUGUGCCCCAGCUUGUUGGUUGUGUCUUCUUUGACUUCGAAGAAAGAUCAAGAGAGACUGCGGAGAAGUGUGAAAUGACUUCAAAAUAAUGUAUUCAGACUAAUAAAAUGCUUUUCUGGUUGUUUUCAAAUGAUUCAGGCUUUAAUACUGCACAAAAUGAUUUCCAUCUAAACCAUAGGGUAAGAUGUGUACCGUUCAUAUCCAGGCCUGAUAUCAUCAUGCUUUUUAAAUAUGUUCCAUCCAUCCACUGGUUAAACGUGCAUUGUGCCUUCUUGAAACUAAACAAGUCAUCAGAAUCCUUUAACCAGUUUGCUUGAGUGUGAAUGUGAUGCAUUGAUUGAUGCAUUUUAUAUUUCAGAUUAGUAAUACUCUUUUUCCCUCUUUCUUUCUCUGUCUGUUCUGUCCUCUGUGUCUACUGCAUGUCAGUCCUUGUAAAUGACUAGUAUUCAUUCUGUUGUGUGUUUUGUUCCAUAGCGGAACUCUCUCAGGCUGGCAGUGGUGUCAUCGUUGUUCCUGCCCCCACCAGGCGCUCUCCUCCCACUCCGCCCAAGAGGAUGACCCCCGUCACCAAGCACCACUCUGGCGACCCGUCCCCUGAGCCAGAGACCACCGGCCCCUCUGGUUUUGUCCCAGUCCCCAUACCUACUGUCCCCGUACCCCCCAGCACAGACCGAGACGACACCAGGGACACCCUCAGGGCAGUAGGGUUCCAACUAACCACCUCUGACCCUGCACCAGCACCCCGACCUCUGUCCCAUAUACCCACGUCCACUCCCAGGUCCCACCCCCACUUACCGCUCCCCAACCCUGCCUCCACCCCCCUCCCAGUCCCCCUCCCCAUCCCUCAGAAGGACCCUCCCAGCCCCACCACAGAGCCGCCCAGCCACCCCCCAGCCUCAGUCCCAGCCAUCCCCCUUCACAUCCUGAUCCAGCGGGCCCUGUGCUCCCCCAGCCCGGCCCAGGCUAACCCAGACGGAUCCCAGAGAGCCCAUUCCAUGCUGUUUGAGUCCCCUCCAGAGUUCCUCACUGAGGCUGGAGGCCGACACUCCCUACCCGUCACCAUAGAACCCCUCAGACUGUGAGUACACUACUUAUUAUACUUCCAUAAUGUCACAGCAUGUCUAUUAACCACAGUUCAAACGGGAACAAUAUUUACGCUAAGCUAGAAACGUGACUUAGAUCAUUGCAAUAGAAAAAGACAAGUAUAUUCAUACUUCAUAUGACUUGAUCACACUCUAUUCAACAGAGUCAGACUCAGUUGUUGACAUUUCUCCCUCUCUCUCCAGACCUGAUGACGAUGACUUUGACAUGGAGGAGGAGUUGGAGAAGCUUCACCCCAGGCGGAUGCUGCCCCCCCAGCCCCCCAGGCAGCCUGAGCUGGAGCCCAGGAGCAGGAGGGGUCUGGUGGUUGACCCCAGGGUCAGUGUGAUCCCAGAGGGCCGGGGGCCCGGAGACAGCAGUGAGGAGGAUGAGGAUGAGGAGACGGACUCUGAUGGACCCAUCCUCUACAGAGACGACGAUGAAGACGAGGACGACAAUCCACCAAGUUAGUAGAUCUGAAGUCUGUUGAUAAUAUCACAUGGGUCUGGUGUUGAUUUAGUAAGCAGAUCUGAAGUCUGUUGAUAAUAUCACAUGGGUCUUGUGUUGAUUUAGUAAGCAGAUCUGAAGUCUGUUGAUAAUAUCACAUGGGUCUGGUGCUGAUUUAGUAAGCAGAUCUGAAGUCUGUUGAUAAUAUCACAUGGGUCUGGUGUUGAUUUCAAUCUCAGAAGUCAAACUGAAAGAAUGAAAGAAAGUACAGUACUAUCAAGGAAGGCCGUUUCAUUAUUAGUAAAAACAGUAUCAAUAAGGGAAAUUCCAUAUAUCUGUCUUUCUGUUUUCUUCCUUCAUUUUAUUUAUUUUACUACUUGCAGGUAAAGCUAAAUCAAAUGAGUCGUGUAAACUGAGUAGUUUAUAAUGUGCAAAUGUGAUGUAGAGCAAAAGUAUAGUCCCAUGUUACUGGAACUGUUUGUCGGUACCACCCAGGUGCCUUGGCCAGCCGUGUGACGAGGAAGGACACCCUGGCCCUGAAGCUGGAGAGACAGCAGGAGAGAGAGGAGCAGGAGGGAGGAGAGGGACAGGACGGAGUCGGCUGGCAGAGCAAGGAGCAGUGGGAGACACUCAAGAACAAGAUCGGUACCACGCUCAACAGGUAACUACAUCUACAGUCGUGGUCAAAAGUUUUGAGAAUGACACAAGUAUUGGUCUUCACAAAGUUCGCUGCUUCAGUAUUAUGAGAUAUUUUUGUCAGAUGUUACUAUGGUAUACUGAAGUAUAAUUACAAGCAUUCCAUAAGUGUCAAAGGCUUUUAUUGACAAUUACAUAAAGUUUAUGCAAAGAGUUAAUAUUUGCAGUGUUGACCCUUCUUUUUCAAGACCUCUGCAAUCCGCCCUGGCAUGCUGUCAAUUAACUUCUGGGCCACAUCCUGACUGAUGGCAGCCCAUUCUUGCAUAAUCAAUGCUUGGAGUUUGUCAGAAUUUGAGGGUUUUUGUUUGUCCACCCGCCUCUUGAGGAUCGACCACAAGUUCUCAAUGGGAUUAAGGUCUGGGGAGUUUCCUGGCCAUGGACCCAAAAUGUCGAUGUUUUGUUCCUCGAGCCACUUAGAUAUCACUUUUUCCUUAUGGCAAGGUGCUCCAUCAUGCUGGAAAAGGCAUUGGUCGUCACCAAACUGUUCUUGGAUGGUUGGGAGAAGUUGCUCUCGGAGGAUGUGUUGGUACCAUUCUUUAUUCAUGGCUGUGUUCUUAGGCAAAAUUGUGAGUGAGCCCACUCCCUUGGCUGAGAAGCAACCCCACACACGAAUGGUCUCAGGAUGCUUUACUGUUGGCAUGACACAGGACUGAUGGUAGCGCUCACCUUGUCUUCUCCGGACAAGGUGUUUUCCGGAUGCCCCAAACAAUCGGAAAGGGGAUUCAUCAGAGAAAAUGACUUUACCCCAGUCCUCAGCAGUCCAAUCCCUGUACCUUUUGCAGAAUAUCAGUCUGUCCCUGAUGUUUUUCCUGAAGAGAAGUGGCUUCUUUGCUGCCCUUCUUGACACCAGGCCAUCCUCCAAAAGUCUUCGCCUCACUGUGCGUGCAGAUUCACUCACACCUGCCUGCUGCCAUUCCUGAGCAAGCUCUGCACUGGUGGUGCCCCGAUCCCGCAGCUGAAUCAACUUUAGGAGACGGUCCUGGAGCUUGCUGGACUUUCUUGGGCGCCCUGACACCUUCUUCACAACAAUUAAACCUCUCUCCUUGAAGUUCUUGAUGAUCUGAAAAAUUGUUGAUUUAGGUGCAAUCUUACUAGCAGCAAUAUCCUUGCCUGCGAAGCCCUUUUUUGUGCAAAGCAAUGAUGACGGCAUGUGUUUCCUUGCAGGUAGCCAUGGUUAACAGAGGAAGAACAAUGAUUUCAAGCACCACCCUCCUUUUAAAGCUUCCAGUCUGUUAUUCUAACUCAAUCAGCAUGACAGAGUGAUCUCCAGCCUUGUCCUCGUCAACACUCUCACCUUUGUUAACGAGAGAAUCACUGACAUGAUGGCAGCUGGUCCUUUUGUGGCAGGGCUGAAAUGCAGUGGAAAUGUUUUUUGGGGAUUAAGUUCAUUUUCAUGGCAAAAAGGGACUUUGCAAUUAAUUGCAAUUCAUCUGAUCACUCUUCAUGACAUUCUGGAGUAUAUGCAAAUUGCCAUCAUCAAAACUGAGGCAGCAGACUUUGUGAAAAUUAGUAUUUGUGUCAUUCUCAAAACUUUUGACCACGACUGUAGAGAUCGGGGUGGGGGGGGGUGUUCCCCUAUUCUAAACGUGUGUUUCUCUAAUCAGGAGGUUGAGUCAGAGACCCACAGCAGAGGAGUUGGAGCAGAGAAACAUCCUUCCAGGUAACGCUCGCUCUCUUUCUCUGUCAAUUCUAUUUUGUCUACAUUUUUAUGUCUGAUUUAAUAUCAUUUUUUCUGUCAAUAUCAACUUCAUGCUUCAUUAAUCUCCCCUCGCAGUUGCUUUAAUGUCCUUUACCUCUAGAUAGACAAGCAUCUCUCUGGUUUUACUAGUAACCCAAAACGAUCUAAUACAGUGGGAAAUGUCAGUGUGUUGUAGACAUCUGCCAUACAUCAGUCUGUCUACCCUAUAGAUGCCCCCUUGUGGUCUGUAGGAGUAAUUCCAUACAAUAAAAGCUAUGGCUUGCUUCAUGCACUUGUUUGUUCUUGAGUUCCAAAAUGGUAGUGCCAACACUAAGAAUUUUAGAUCAUAUUGUCUAAAACGUAUUUUCACUCAUAUAUCCAUAAUGUAAAGUUUUCACGUGUCUUGUGGUUAUCCUCAGACUACUCUGAAAGCACUACUUAAAAGCUUUGUCCUUAGACAAAAAAUGACUACAUAAUGUUCAGACUGCAGUGUAUCUAAGACAAUGCACUUCCUUGUCCCAGAGAGGGUAAAGACUGUGAUUAAAACGACUCCUGUUACUCCUGUGCUGUGUAGGCACCAAGAAAAGCUCAGGGCCCGGAGUGCUGGUCUAGGAUCAGGUCCCCCCCCCCCCCCCCCCCCCCCCCCCCCCGACCAUAUAAUCAUAAUCAUAUUCAUUAUGAUCUAAAAGGAAAAACGGAUUCUAGAUCAGCACUCCUAUUCUGAUACGCUUAGUGAAUAUGGGCCCUGGUCCAGUCUGCCUUUCUCUCUCUCUCUGACUAGCAGCAGUGUUUCUGUUCUGCCUCUGAUGGAAUGUCUUGUCUUAUUGUAGCCAGGAACGAAGCUGAUAUCAGGGCAGAGAGGAGCGAGAUCAAACGCAGACUCACCAGAAAGGUUAGCCUGACUCACACACACACACACACACACACACACACACACUGCAGAAUUAAAACACAUUUAGAUAUAUAGUACACUAACCUUCAUACACACACACUCCGGUGACAAAGCAAUCAUACACGGAUAUACAAAUAAAACACUCAAAUUUAACUAACCACCAUAAACUCUUAACUUAUCAUUUUAGUUCCAGACGUUCACUCUGUGUGUUUCCUCUAUACCUCCCCCCAGCUGUCCCAGAGGCCCACCAUAGCAGAGCUUCAGGCCAGGAAGAUCCUGCGUUUCCAUGAGUACGUAGAGUGUACCACGACUCAAGACUACGACCGCCGUGCAGACAAACCCUGGACCAAGCUCACUCCCUCCGACAAGGUGAGUCGCAGUUAAGCGACUAACCAAAUACAUUGUAGAUUGUAAAAGAUUGGUAUAAAAUGGUAAGAUUGCUCAUCAACUAUAGUAUAGAGUGACAGUAAUAAGAGACUGCCACACACUUUUAAAUCUUUGUACCUUUAUUUAUACUAGGAAGUCCUCUGAGGUUGAAACCUCUUUUCAGACCGAGAGAUUCUUUACUUUACUAUUUCAGCAGUGUUUUGAAUUCCAGACAUACUCUGUCAAACAAAAAUCCCAAGAAUGCAAUAUAACCGCUGCUUAAUGUCUGUGCUGAGAUGUCCCCAGAGUAUUACCUGGACCAGUGAAGCUAGGAGAAGAGGUUGAAACAGAAAUUAUUGCAUACUUUCUAUUAUUCAGAGAUUUAAAAUCCCUGAGGAAAAAGAUAGUUUGACCAUUUUUUUGAUGAAAACUGAGGUCUUAUAACAUUUGCUGUUUUGUUUUUAAAUUUGCAGAACUUUUAUUGACAAGUUAAAAUCUUGAGAGGUUUAUAUUUAUGAAGUUUUGAGGUUCCAGGAUUUGGAUAUGAGGCAGGAAACUGUGUGGAAACUCAUUAUACCCAGAUGAAGACAGCUUGUCUGUCGAAACAGUGGUUAUUAGGUUAUUAAAUGAUUGCAUCUCAGCUCCUAGAGUCUUUCCUUUUUCAAGGAAACUGUGUGCCAUCGCAAAUACGUCUGACAGCUGGAUAGAAGAGCAGACACUGUGGCUCCAUUGUCAUUUUAUUCUCUUAGAAAAAAGCUGGAAUUCUGAAGUGUAGGCACUGGUCGUUUUGAUCUGUCUGUACUGUACAGUAUUAAAGAGUAGACCUGCUCUAGGAUGUUGCUGCCUGUACAGUGCAUCACACCUGACUCAAUCUUUGCUCUCUAUUCUAUUCAAUCUAGGCUGCCAUCCGCAAGGAACUGAAUGAGUUCAAGAGCUCUGAGAUGGAGGUUCACGAAGAGAGCAGGAUCUAUACCAGGUAA